AUGUGAAGCUGUUCCUGUGCCUGGCUCAAAGUUCAGGUCACUCAGAGUUUCACUGUUGUCCGUGCGUGUCUGUGUUUCCAGUGUUCACACUGACCUGCUGAGCUCCAGGAUGACCCGUCACUGGCCUCUGCUCGCUCCUCUGCUGCUCCUGCUGGGGCUGUUCACCAUCUGCGCUGUCGGUCAGGAGGCCGGGGACUCUGCUGCACCUCCACCUCCACCUCCAUCAUCAUCAUCAUCAGGCCAGGCUUCUGACGGAGCGCAGACGCAGGACGACGAUGAGGAAUGGGGAAUGGGCUCAAUCAGAGGCAGCUUUGAGGCUGUCGGCAGCUACUUUGACUCUAUGCUGGAGUUCAUGGGUGGACGUGAUGGAGUGUGUCAGUACCGCUGUAGAUAUGGUAAAGCUCCUGUCCCUCGUCUUGGAUACCAGAUGCCUGAACCUGAUGGAUGCACCUCCUACUUCUUUGGACUUCCUGUUCCAGAAGGGAUGGACAUGGGAAUCCCUGCGAUGACCAAGUGUUGCAAUCAGCUGGACAUGUGUUACGACACCUGCGGCUCCAACAAGUACCGCUGCGACUCCAAGUUCCGCUGGUGCCUCCACAGCAUCUGCUCCGACCUCAAGAAGAGCCUAGGCUUCGUGUCAAAGGUCGAAGCGUGCGAAACUGUCGCCGACACCUUGUUCAACACAGUGUGGACUCUGGGCUGCAGGCCGUACAUGAACAGCCAGCGGUCAGCGUGCUACUGUCAAGGAGAGGAGAAAGAUGAACUUUAAAUGACAUUCAAACACACACACACACACACACACACACACUUUCCUGUUAACUACAGGAGUUCAGAGGAGACUCCUGUGUGAAUACGUGGGCUUGUUGUGGUUUUGUUUCACUGUGCAAUUGUGUCACUGUUUAAAGGUUCAGUCGCACACUUGCGUUGUGUAUCUGCUGACUCUGUAGAAUAACUGCUGCAUUCCAUUUACAUUGGAAGUUGGAGGUCGGAACUGGGAGUGACGUCAGCUUCAAGUCGACUGCAUUCCACUGAGAAGUUACUUUAAGAGGUGAAGCUACGACUGACGACAGAGCAACCACACAACUCCAAACAUGAGGAUUCCAGAGUGGCUGCCACUGUACAAACACUUUCUUUUCACAGUAACUCAAGUCUUUUGAACCGUAAACAUGUUUCUAUAUUGUG